AUGGAGCAAAUGAACGUUCUUGCUAGAUUAAAUCACCGCCGCGAUGUCAACGAAUUUAGUCCCCCUGGAGAUCGUGUCAAAUCGGCGUUGAAAUGUCCCAACUUGAAAACCGAGCAUAUCCACCUCGGACACUCAAGAUGCAGUUGCAAAAGCCAUCCAACUCAAUAUUUCGAAACUGUCUGCGAGAGAAUGUGGGGUGGCGACUUUGUCGGAGAAGUCAAUUGUACUUUGCUGCCAGGUUCAGCUGCUCGGUUUGAACUUCGCAACCGACAGUGGACCAAUUGCACCAAUGUUGAUAUGCUACUCAGAGGUGGAGAUCGCUUUGUGCCUGGCGAUUACACCCCUGGUGCUCAAGAGUGGAAUGAUAGUGAGUGGGAUGGAGCCAGCAAGGUGGUAGAUUGGAGAGAUACAGAUUGGGUCACGUUCGCUGAACAGGGAAAAGACACCCGUGGCCAAAACACGGCGAUGGAGGAAGGAAUCAUGUUUACUGAGAGGAGUCAGACUUACAAGGAUGCCCAACUGAUGAAGAGCGAAACGUUCUCGGCCGAUCACAAACUAACUAGACAGGUUAACACGGCAAAUGACUAUGCUGGCAAUAUUAGUGAUGCUGUAGCCAAGUGGAGACAACUGAAAGAUCAGAGAGAAGCCGCAGAACAUGGUCAAUAUAUGCCCCCUUCGCCACCAAGCGUUGGUCAGCCACGAUACCAGAGAAAAGCUUCAAUUCCAAUCAUUGAUCAACCACGACAUAUAAGACAAUUUGCGACACAAAACGGUCAUGAAGCUCAACAUAAUGUUGAAUCGCCAUCAGCUUCAACUGUUGGCACAUCACCAGUUGUCUCAAUUGGUUUGAAAAAGAUGUCUGUUUGGGAAGCAGUACAUUUACGGAGAGAAGAAGGAAAGAAGGAGACUAGUGGACUUGGUGCGCCAUCAACUGCGAAUGUCCUAACACCACUACCUGUCCCACUUGGACCGAGGGCUAUGUCUGUUUGGGAGCUAGCACGAGAUCUAAAAGCGAAACAGAAGAAGGAAAGGAAGGGGCUUGCAGCACAAUCAGACAACGACUUGCAAGGUCCAAAGAAUCUUAUUUCUACUGACACUAGAAGCGCAAAGGGUGAUGGGCACAGUAUGGAUGAUGCGAAUCAAGUUGUAAACAUGGGAACACAAUUACUUGCUGAACGAGAGGUUUCUUUGGCUCCUGUCUAUACAAUCGAAAGCUCGCAAGGCAAACGCAAGAGGAAACGAGAUGAGAAGAGAAACAAUUUUUUGCGGAAUACAUACAACCAACGAAUUGCCCGUCGGGGAAAAAAGUUGAAAGACCAAACGCAGAAACCUGCGCCGUCUGCUCAAGAUAGUGCCCAAGACGUCGAUAUGCAUGUAUCCGUAGAACAACAUAACGCAUCAUCUAGUGCACCACUUUCUAUACCAUGGAAUGGAGUGCCUGAACCUGCGGGUCAUCAGGAGUACAAAAAUACUCUACUAGAGUUUGAUGAUAGCAACUUGAACUUCAAUAAUUAUCCUUCAAUCAAACGACUCACUGAAGAGACUGGAGUGGCAGUUCCGCAAAACUUCUCACAUCCUGGACACGAAGAAUCCUUGACACUUCGUCAGCUAAGACACAUAUCAAGAUACCAGGCAAGGCUUUCAGAACCUAAAUCGGAUCCUCAUUGGAAUCUAGGUAAGACUAAGUUGCGAGCUGAAAGAAGAGCAAUUAGGAAGACCCAAGAGAUUUCAGAACAAUUGAAGAUCCCAUUCGAGCAAAAAGAAACAACACAGAGUGUUCUACAGGCUCAGGUCACACCCGACAUCCUUCUGCAAGAGUCAAGCAAUUUACAAGAACGAGCGGAAAGAAUGGUGAUGGAAAAGCUCCAAGAGAUUGAAGAACAGUCAAAGAUACAAGGCAAUAGGAACAAGCUAGAUAUUCUAAACGAUCCAAAUCAGCUUGAUGCUUUUCUACAAGAUUUCACAGUUUCACAGCAAGAGGUAGUUCGGGAGAUGUGGAUGAAGGAGAAAAACAAGGUUAAUGAGAAGUAUCUCAAACUUUACGGCAAAAACGGGACUGCUAGUGGAGAAGCUGCAAGUAGCUCUCAAUCAGGUAACAGAAGAGUUGAGCAUGCAGACAAACAUGAGGACGACGACAUGGAUGAUUGUGAUAGCGAGUCUAAUGCAGAGGCAUUACUUGGAGGCCACGAUGGGCUUUCAGGUAAAUUGGGACAGUCACGUCCUUCUAAAUUAUCCAGGUUCCUCAAAUCGAAGCGCGAAAACGAGUUGGUGGUACAUAUACUUAACGAUCAAGACAAACUGGAGGCAUAUUUACGAAAUUUCACAAGUGGAGAACAAGAUCUAGCUCUAGCGAGCUGGUUUGAAGUACUACACUUAGCAGAUCGCCGUUUGGGAAAGGUUCUGCGCCGGAUUAGCUUGGUUGCUGCCGACAAUGGCGAAGUGAGUGAUAUCGAGGAUGACGUAGACAAGUUACAGACAGAACGAAGGUUCGAUCAGAAGGUUAGGGCACUGGAGCGCAAAUCCAAGCGUCGGGAAGACCAGAAAAUCCGUGAAGAACAGAAAGAACAGAGGCAGCAGACUUUCAGUCAUGGCGAAACACUCGAAGAGCAUGUGCAAGCUGGUGGAGUCAGUAGCUCCUCAAAUUAUGCCGAUCAUGCGGGAGUCGCGAACAACCAUCAGGAAACAACUGGCAAUUUGUUUAAAUACCAAGCAACGAGAGACGCUGCAGCGUCUCGUGAUGAAACUGACACUGAAGCACAUCAAAAGAGAAAGACAGACGAUCAUCAUUCCGGUCUUUCUCCUGAUAUGGGUGUUAAGAGGAGAAACUCUGGUGAAGAUAGGCUCGAAGUUGAGAGUCAGAAGGCACGUAAUAAGCGAACGAGAGAUCUCUACUAUGCUGGUAAAAUUCCAAGCAUGGAUGUUGAGAAGGCUUGGGAGGCGAGAGGCUAG